UUCUCCUCUGGUGGCCGCUGCAGUGCAUAAAUAGCUAGAUAUAAUCGAACGGAUUUUACGAGCUAGAGGAGCAGACAGCAGAAUCUAUUCAACAUCACCCGAUGUACAAACUGAAACGCGGCCGCCUUUGCAUUAAAACAAUAAAGGCGUGUUAUAUGGCUCUUUCAUCAAGGGAUUGUUGCAUUUGGAUUAAAAGAGACGCAAGGGAUGUAGCUGGACCAGAUGCCUGGCUAUCCUGCUUGCUAUCUACUAACGUUAGCUAGCUAACUGAUGUUGCAUCGAUGGAAUUAUUCGAGUGCCAUUGAUUGAGAUCAACCCAGCAACGCUAAAGAAGACGUUUCAGUACAUGGAUAGCGGCGAGCUAUCCGUGACCGGAGACUGAACCGCACAUAGACAGGAUGAUGUAUUACUCAACGUUGAAGGAUCUAACAUGUUAAAUACAUGUGACUUGGUAUUCAUCCAUUUUUAAGCCAGCUAUCUCUGACGUUAGCUGGCUGGUUUUAUCGUCCGGCAUUUGGACGGAGUGAUAGUAAGAUUGGGAGUGUGUAUCAGUAUGGCACAGCUUCUAGAAGGUGCCCGCAAACUGGGCUGGGUACUCUUGAACGCCUUCCUUCGUUUCAUCUUUGUGUUCAUCAAUAACUGUGUAGCAAUCCCUUCGUAUUGCCUCUACUGCAUUCUUCUUCAACCUCUGAGAAUAAUGGACAGUCGCUAUUUCUGGCUCAUUGAAGGAAUAAUGUUCAAAUGGAUGUUGGCAAUGGUGUCACUGUGGGGCUGGGUUGCAGGCUAUACAGUGAUGGAAUGGGGCGACGAUGUAAGGCCCCUUUCUGAAGAGGAAGCCAUGGUCAUCGUCAACCACCAAGCCACAGGGGACGUGUGCACCCUCAUGAUGUGCCUGCAGGACAAGGGCACGGUGGUGAGGAAGAUGAUGUGGUUGAUGGACCAUGUGUUCAAGUACACCAACUUCGGCCUGGUGUCUCUAAUCCACGGGGACUUCUUCAUCAGACAGGGUAAAGCGUACCGGGACAAGCAGCUGAUCUACCUAAAGGACCACCUGGACCGGUACUACCGCAGCCGCGACAGGAAGUGGAUCGUGCUCUUCCCGGAGGGCGGCUUCCUGCGCAAGCGGCGGGAAACCAGCCAGGCGUUUGCCAAGAAGAACUCACUACCGCCCCUGACGCACGUGACGCUGCCGCGGCUAGGCGCCACCCAGGUGAUCCUGAAGACCCUCGGACCGCAGCAGGAGAACGGCAGCCUGGGGAAGGAGGCCAGCACGGUGCACCCCAGCCAGUCAGGUAGUAAACCCAAAGGCCUGCAGUGGGUGGUGGACGUGACCAUAGCGUACCCCAAAGCCAGGCCCAUGGACAUCCAGACGUGGAUCUUUGGCUACAGACCCCCCACGGUCACACAUGUACACUACAGGGUAUACCCCAUAAAGGAGGUUCCGGUAGAGACCAAGCCCCUGACAGAUUGGCUGUACCAGAGGUUUGUGGAGAAGGAGGAUCUACUGGCUCACUUCUACGAAACAGGAGCCUUCCCUCCACCGAAAGGCCAGAAGGAGGCCGUCUCCCGGGCGAUGACCCUUGACCCCGUGCGGCUCUGUCUCAUCCAAUCCCUGGCCUUUGCCUCGGGCUACCUGUGGUACAGCGUCCUCCAGUACUUCUACUACUGUUUGUUCUGAGUGUGCUGAAGAAGAUGGAGUUUAAAAGUGGACCAGACCCUAAUGGCACUGCUUCUGGAUCAGUCGAUGGCUCGCCCGCCCCGGCGCCAUCUCUCCUUCCUAUGAUGGAUGAAUGUACAUUUUGCAAAAACCGGGAGAGACUGAAAAAAAAUGACCAUGUUGGAGGCUAUUUUCCCCCCUGGUUACAUGAAUACCUACACACACACAGACAAACGGACGGACACACACACAAUUGACUGAAGCCCAUACUUCUGAACAUUAAUCAUUUACACAUACUUACUACUUGGAUAUAAACGCCCCAAUCUAGUUGGUCUCUCCACUGGAGCCUCAUUCUCAAAUCAAGCAUGAGGCUCAGGAUUUAAACUGAGGGUGUUUUCAAGUGGACUCUCUUCCUGGUCUUUAGGUGUAGUUUUACAGUGUGCGAGUAUGCAUUGUGUCUGCCAUUGUACCCACCCCCACCCUCGGGUGAACCAACCCCCAGUUGGACCUCUCUCCAGGCCUGCUGAUUCUGCGGUUGACCCACACUACAGAGAGGGGGGGCUGUUGUAUGUACCAUCAGAGACUACCAUGCCAACCCCUCUCCUCUAGCCUUCAUUGCACUAAAAGGAUCCCUACUACCCCCUCUUCUACUCCAGGAAAUAUUCCUGAAUGGUAGCUGUUAAUGUUUAUUUUAAAUUGCCCCUCCCCUUAACAACGGCCAUUGCAUUUGUUGUGGUCGUCGUCGCUCUCUAUCUACGUUGAAGUCUUGGAGACUUUACUCUGUCUGUCUUCGACAGUAUUCUGAACUGACUGACUGCGGGGGAAUCUUCUUGUUUACACUAGUGGCCCUCCGUCUGGGCCUAAAGGGACGCUAGCGYCGAUGUCAGGCUCUGGUUAGGACUGUUUCCACAACAUGUGGUCGGGGGUACCUGGUUCUGGAACCAAGGGGGGGAGGAGGACACAGCGGCGGAGGAACAGUGCCCAAACGCUGAUGACAGAACACUGAUGGCACAUUGGGACAGCACUCUGAUCCGAUCCACCCUGAAAACAAACUCCCCACCCCCCUGUCCUCACUCGUACACACACAGAGCAGAGUGGAUCUCUGUCCAUAUAGGAACGUCUCAGCGAGCCAAACUGAAAAAGGAGGACAAAGCUGAA